AUGAUUUCUGUUCAAGAACGUCAAGACCUAAUCACCCAGCAGGAAUUAAACCAAGAAGGGCGCUUUCCUUGUCGGUUCCCUGGCUGUCCAAAGUCAUUUAAAUACAAUGGUAAGAACAGGAAAAAACCUGAACUAAGCCCUGACCCACCCGUAAAUGUUGCCACCUCUGACACCUUGAGUUUGACAACCGUUUCCACAUCAACUCCUCCAAAUGAUAUAGAUGAUAUAUACAAUUACAAUACUGCACUUCUCGCUCAAGGUCUAUUCUUCUUGAACUUUCUGGAUUCAGUUUCAGAGGGAGAUGGCGACAGAAACUCAGGCAGUACAAGUACUUAA